CCCAACCCUCUCGCAAAGAAAGACUCAAUUUUCGGAGUAGGGGUUCUCUUCUCUUUAACAUUUGGUGCCCUUAAAAAACCCAUCUCCGCUCCAUCUGGCAUCUGCUCCUUGCUUGCUUCCUUCAUAGUAAAUUAAAAUGGAACAACCGCCAAUCCCGAAUGCUACCCCUCAAACCCCAUCCAAGGAUAACAACAAACCCUCCAAGAAGAAGCCACCAACCCCUCAAGAACUAAUUUCGCACUACCAAUCUCAAGGCCUGGAUUCUCAAGAAGCGUCCCUCAAGGUCAUUGAAGAUCUCCAGAAUGUAGUCUUUAGGGUUAUCUCAGCUAACAAUAAGAACAGGAAAGACAAGUUCAUGGCUGAGACAUCAAGAAAGGUUGAUGUGGUCAACAACAGAGUCGCUGUUCUUGAUAUGAAGUUGGAUUCCAAGCCUGGGUAUGUUGAAACUUUCGCUAUUGGGGUUGCUUCUGGGACUGCUUUGAGGAGGAUUGAAAGUGUUUGGCCUCAUGUUAUUGGGGGUAUUGGCCGGAUUUGGAAUGCUGUAACAAGUGCCACUAAGCCGCCUUCUUGAUUGAAGGGAUUUAAGAUGUACUUGAAUGGCCUUGGGUGGUCUUGAAUUGUAGUCAUUUUAGGCAAUUUGUUACUGAGUAAUGAUGUGUUGUUCAGUGGUAAACUUAGGAGAUUUUGAUUGGAGUUAUUAUAUUAGUUUGUGAUGCAAA